UACUUGUUGAGGGCGCGGUGAGGGGUUUGGGUUAGUUAGAAACAAAGAAAAAUAAAAAGGAAUAAAUUGGAGGAGUUCUUUUCCGAAUAGAUUUUGGCAGUUGUCCAUGGCUGAAGACGGAGGAAACGCGGCGGAGCAACCGGCCUCCGACCCAAACCCGUGCCCUAUUUGUCUUGCCCCAGUUACUGAAGAGUCCUACUUGGAUCAAUGUUUCCACAAAUUUUGCUACAAUUGUAUUCUGCGUUGGACAAAAGUGGUUAAAAGCAAGCAGUCUCGUGCACCUGCUUCAGUAAAGUGUCCUUUAUGUAAGACAGAGAAUUUUUCUAUUAUAAGGAGCUAUGGUGGAAGGUUUUUUCAACAACAUUAUGUGAAUGAAAACUUGGACAAUAGUAUGUUCUUCACAAAAGCUCACAAGUAUAGAUUUCAGUGCUACUAUACUAAUGAAGGGGGCUUAUUUGACAAAUUCAAUGUGCCACGUUAUUGGAAGUUGUGCAAGUAUCUGCAGCCUAAUCCUUGGCUUAUAAGUUGGUUGAGAAGGGAAAUCCAGGCUGUGACACAGGAAGAAGAUGUAGAUAUUAUUGUACAUCAUAUACUUGGUGUGAUUGAUUCAUUUAGAAGAAACGAGCCAAAGCAAAUAAAAGAUGCUCCACAAACAAAGCAAGAAGAGUUCAAGAUCAUGGUAUCUGAAGCAGCAAGACCUUUUCUAACUGGUCGAACUGAUCGAUUUGUGAAUGAGUUAGAACUGUUUCUAGCUUCAUCUUUGACUAUUGAUGCUUUUGAUAGUGUUUAUAUUCAACAUUUGGGUUGGAAAACUACUGAAAAGAUCGAGGAGGGUGAGAUAGGAGAACCAGUUGAACAAGGCCCUUUAGUUCCCUAUUUGUACUUCUUUGAUGAGGAUUCUGAUGGAAAUGAAUAGAAUACUGUCCUUGAAUGUUAAGGAUAAUAAGUUCACCUCAUUUGCCAGAUUUUAGCUGGUGCGCGGUUUGUCAACCCUGGAUAAUCUCAAAUCCACAGUUCCAGAUUUACUUC